AUGUUUGUCUCUCCUUUCGGGUUUUUGAUUGCACUGUUUGGGUUUUUUAACUUAAUUGACUUUUAUUUAAGUGAUGAAUUUGAAAGAAUUGAGUAUAAUCAAGAUUUGACAAAAAUAAAAUAUUAUGAUUCUCCUAAGCAUAUUGAUAAGGGUUAUUUAUAUAAACAUGUAGCAAAAUCAUUAUUUCAAGAUUUAAUUGUAACCGUAAAAAUCGAUAAAAAUGAUCUAUCUCAUGAUGUAAUAAGUUUACCAAAAAAAAAAAGUUAUAUAAAAAUAGUAGGAGAUUGGAGUAAAUAUCCAAAGCAUAAAUAUAAUAUGAUAUGUUUGGCAUUUGUACAAAGAAAAGGUACAAAACUAAAUAAACAACAAUUAUGUACAGACUCAGAUUUUACAUCAAAUGAUUCUUAUAAAGUAUGUUAUAAAGAAAAUAACUAUUCUAUAAAAAGUUUAUUUUUAUAUUUUGAACUAUCUCAGGGUUAUUUUAAAAAAUUAUUUUCAUUAUUUAAUAUACCAGUAAUAGUUAAUAUAGAUAAUACACAAGUUAAUUAUACUAACAAUAAUAAUGUAAAGGAUGAAAAACCAAUUCUAGAUUUAUUUGUAUGUUAUAAAUCUAAUGAUGAGCCAGUUUCCAUUUUAGGAAAAGUUAUAUUUAAUUCUUAUCCAAAAGGCAUAAAAAAUGAGCUUGAUGAAUAUAAUACUAUUUAUACUAAAUCAUUUUUAACGUCAAAUUGGGAUUAUUCAAUUUUUAUUCAAGCAGAAUAUUUAACGAUAUAUAAUAGAAUAGCAUUUUUUAAAAUACCUCAUGAUUUUAAUAAAGAUAAAGAUAAAAAAUGUGCACCGUUUUGGAAUUAUGCUAUAUUAGGUGCAGGCCCAAUAAAUAAAUUAAAAAGAGAACCACAUUCUGUAAUAACAGAAAAUCAUAUACAAUACUUUUUUACAAAUGAUAAUAAACUGAUUAAUUAUUAUAUACCAUAUAUUAAAGACAAUGAUUUACAAAUUAAUGAUAAUUAUGCAAUUUGUUUAUAUUCUGACGAAAAUGAUUUUGAAGGAAUAGAACUCGUAAAUGUACAUUUUUAUAUUAACUUAACAGAUUCUAUUAUUAUAAUAUUUUUAAUUAUUUUUAUCAUUGUGUUUAUACCACUCAUUUUUUCACUAACCUAUUUAUGUGCCAUCUUAAAAAUUAACAACCUUAAGGUAAAAAUGCAAAAAUUAAAAUUAUUAAACAGAAAAGAUGAAAUUGAAGAUAGGCUUCAAAAGGAAUUAAAUUUGAAUCAGUACGAAUAUCCAUAG